AUGUCAAUAUUUGGUCAUAUGAAGCCAUCACGCAUUGUAAAAAAGGCUAUGGAUGGUUUAGCUGGAUUUAGAGAAACUACUUUUGCUGAAGAUAAAGCUCAAUAUUUAGAAAUUAUUAGUAAAAAUUUUGGUCGUAUGACUGACAUUCUUUAUAAGAAAAUUGAUGGUGAAGAAGCGAGUUCUAAGUCGCUACAACUCAUUAAUGAGAUUGCUGCUACGAAUUUCAUACUUGAUGGAAUUUUAAUUUUAUCAAAUCUUCCGGUUGAGCAUAGGAGACAAUUCACAAUGAUAUUCACAGGAGCGGUAGCCUAUAAAAAUAACGGAGAAUCUCCUCUUGUGAAAUAUAUUGAGCAAGAUCCUGAUAUAAUUGACACAAUUAUUCAUUUAUAUAACAAUCCUGAACUCGCCAUUACAGCAGGAGAGAUGCUUAGAGUAUGUGCCACAUACGAAAGUCUUACGAAACAAAUCCUAAGUAAGAGUUCUGUUAAUCAACUCUUCAAGUUUUUCACGGUUCCACUUUUUGAUGUCGCAGCCGAUUCAUUUUCAUUGUUCAGAGAAAUAUUACUAUCAUCACCAAUCGCAAAACAAUAUAUUCGCGAUAAUUACGAUUUUAUUGUUGAAAAAUUGAAUCAAUUUUCCGAAAAAUCCCAUUACGCAUCAUCAUUACAGAGUCUUAGACUCAUCCGAGAACUAAUCGAAACAAAUGAAGUGUUCAAUAUGCUUUAUUUGAGUUCAGAUCGCAAUUUUGAUUUGAUUUUACAGCACUUCACUUCACAAUACAAGAAUAUUGCUAUUGAAGCCCUUAAAAUCUUCAAAUUGUUCAUAGAUUUCAAGAAAUCAUCCGAAAAGAUCCGAAAAUUUACCAAAGAUAACAAAGAUAACCUGAUCAAAUAUGCUGAUGCACUUUUGGACUUCCCUCUUGAUCAGAGUUUCAGAACUAAUUUGAUUGAUACAAUACAAAACCAACAAUGA